AUGGAGCCGUCAAAAGAUUGGACACAUGAGACGGAAAUUGCGGCCCUAGAUGAGGUCGCAUCCGCUGUAGACGACAGCCCGGAUCGCGUCCGACCACGCGACUCUACCCUACACCAGACGUCAGAGGAGACACAUUAUGAACAACCGGAAACGCCACGACCGCACAGCGGAUCCUCGCACUGGGACCCGAGUCCUGGCUUCGCACAUAUCGAUGGCGAUGUAAAUGGACCUGGUUACAAUGAUACCUUGGUUGACAUUGUUUGCGUUCCGUGUCCCGGCGCCGAUCCCGUCGAGACUUGGGCCCGCGACCUACUUCCGGAGGGAUAUUUCGGGAGACCCGGUGAGGAUUUGCCGCCCACUGCCGUGAAGCAGCUUGCCGGGGCGAGCAUACUAUCUCCGACGAUCAAUCGACAUCUCCCAAAGGCAGCGCAUCUUUGGGUGCGGCAGGGUAUUAGGAAAGAGGUCAGCGAGGCCAGAGUGCUGCUUUAUCGGCAUCGAGAGUUGGUUGAAGGGGUGACGUUGGAAGACUUGGCGGACGACUUGAUCGAGCAGGUUUGGAGCGUCAGAUACGGGAAUCAACGAUCUCGUCCCCUAUUCUUCGUAGCACAUAGUGUUGGAGGUUUGGUGGUCGAGUUGGCUCUUCUGAGAGCCACCAAGAAUCCACACUACAAGCCUUUUAUGUACAACUGCCAUGGCGCCACAUUCUUUGCUACUCCGCAUCGUGGAUCAAGUUAUCUUUCUAUGAACAACCUGAAAGACAGCAUUCAACGCCUGUUGAGGCUUCAACGUCCCUUGCCGCAUUCUAUCUCCGAUGAACUUAGACUAGGCCACAAACCACUCUUGCGGAUGCACGAGGACUUUGCAACUAUUGCAAGUGAGCUGAGGAUUUGGACAUUUUAUGAGACAAUCGACUCCCAACUUUCCGGGUCAGGGUCGAAAAACCACGGCACUGCCAAGGAAGUCCGAUUUGGUGCUCCCAUUGUCUCGAUCAAGUCUUCACUCGUCGGCGCCCGCCAAGAGCGUGUUUUUGCACUCGAUAGUGAACACGCCAACUGCGCAUCAUUUGGACAAGGAAACACCGAAAUCAUGGGCAGCUACUUGACGGAACUUGCUGCCGCGGUCAAAAAGGCCACCGAUCUCAGCUCUGAGUACAUCCACACACCUCUUAGCCUCAAGAAGCACGUGAAGGUUGAGAUCAUUGGCUUUUACGAUGAUCCGGAUGCGCAAGUGGAGUCUGAUGUCCGACUUUACUUUACGAAACUUCAUCUUGAGGAGUUUCUGGAAAAGGGCCCAGAGAGAUGUUUGGAGGAGCGUCUAAGGAGAACGACACUUCGGCCGCGAUCAGACCCUGUCUCUCAAUCACAAAGUCAAGAGGAUUCUCAGCAAAGCAGUGGCCUUGGUAUUCUGCCAGGAUUGCAAGAAUUAGGAAACAGGCUAUUCAAAGCAUCCUCGAACGCCGGGAGCCGACCAAGAACUUCAGAUUCGGAGAGCCAAGGAUCACCGCCAAUUAUUGUAACGAGGCCUCCCAUAGCUGGAGGCUCCAACUCUUUGCCAGUUGAUACGAUGAGGCGGAUGGGAUCCCUUACUGUCCCACCUUUGUCGCCGCCAGGAUUCAACCGCCCUUCGAGUAGAAGUAGUAACGCUGAGAGUACGAGAUCUGAUCCGACAGAGUUGGAAUUGUCGCCCAAAACGCCAGACCCUGGUUCACGACUGGAACCGGCUGCGGAGAUCGGUGUCGAAAAGAGCCACUCAGAACCUUUAUCCAGGCGUCAAGAUAGGCAGUCUCAUGUCUCGGCCAUGGACGAUUUGACAGCAGCUGCUGGAUUCUCAAGGCCCGAUCCUUUGGCGAGGAAGUUCAUGUGGAUCCAUACCCCUUACACGAAUCCCUCCUGGGUCAAGGAGGUGUUCAGAGUGCUUGCCAAUCCCCAUGAUCCAAGUUUUGCAAAGGUUUUCAACAAGGAUAAUUGGACGGCAAAACAUGUCAUCGGAAGGCACUCUCAGUCACAAGCAUCCUUCGUGAAGCCGACUUGCAGCUAUAUACCCGCUGGUUCAGCUCCUUCUCCACACCCAUCACCCAAUCUCUCUGGUCGCGUCAGCCCAGCAGCUGGGCCGUCAUCAUCUUACCUGUACUUGUACAUGCCUUAUCUCCAUUUCGACACCUACAUCGACGUUCUUCAACGGAGAAAGUUUAUCCUGCGUCGUAUGCAACAUGGUCGGGCACGUCCCGUCCCCCGCGAAAUAGCUGGCCUCGAGUCCCCAGAGUUGAGGAUGAUAUGGGAGUAUAUUGGCUACGACCCUCCACUGAACUACCGCCGCACGCUAGACCAGUUCGCGUACCCGUCGCUGAGAGAUACGUGGGCGCGCGAUGAUGACCAGAUGCUCUACAAGCUGACUAAAGACCGGGCUUCUGGUGGUGUUAACCGGGAAGUGAUGACCUUAACGAGGAGGCAGACCCUUGGGUCCACCGGGAGUCCAUUUGACAGGCUGUCGCCUUCAAGCACUGGACUUCUGGAAGAGGAAAGUGACAUCGAUGAUGAGACUGAGGAUCUGGAAGAGGUUAUCAAAGAUGGAAAGGUUCUCAUGGUCGACCAGCUAUGGCUAUGGGCCAUUGACAAAAAAACCUUGACGACCUUCUUCUCGAAGAGAGAAUCUAAGGCAAAGGAGGGCCCUCUUUUCGGUCAAGCAGACUUGAGAAACAGUGUCUACAACGAACUCAAUGGCGACUUGACAGGUCGUUGCGAAAAUGCACUGGACCUGGCAGCAUUCGUUGUCCUACACGCUGUCACCGUACUGCUCGAUCGAGCUUCGCAUCCUGACUUGGAGAUCUUUAGAAUCUUUGAGGAGGCGAUAAGCAUGCUUACCGAACGCAUGACCUCUUCACUGAAGCGCUUUCGCAUGCAGACUUUCAAAGAUGUAGGCGUAGAUUCCGACUCGGAAAGCAAUCGACCUGAGUCUAUCAAGAAGCGUCAUAAGAGAGAGCUUCAAGAGGCUGAGCGCGAGAAUCGAGAAAACACGUCCGCACUCAUGGAGCUCCGAGACUUGGAAGACGAGUUGAAAUCGCUCGAGAGACUCUUCGAAGCGCAGGAUGCAGCAGUCAAAAACAUGAAGAACAUAUUUGAGAGCGAAGAACUGAAGAUGCAGACCCGGAAUGGGAGGAUGUACCUUGAGGAGGCUCUUGGCAAGUUGGAUGAAUACCGAAGUCAGACGGCUGAGAUGCUGAAACGGGUAGAUACAACACGCAACGAUUACGAGAAACUUCUCGAAAUGGUUCAGCGUCAGGCUCAAGUAGACGAAGUCCGUUGGUCCCGUCUCCAAACCGAGCUCGCAUCAUCACAAAACUUGUCGGUUAUGAUUUUCACGACGUUUACCGUCAUUUUCCUGCCGUUGUCAUUCUUCACGGGCCUCUUCGGCAUGAACACCACCGACUGGGAUAGUGACAAAGGCACUCUUCCUUCGCUGAGAGAUAUUGGGGCAAUCUCAUUGCCAGUCUCUAUCUUCCUCAUCGUAGCCGCGCUUGUUGGCGCCUUUAGUUCACGUGUUCAGGAGGUCGUGCGAAGUGGAUACAAGGGCGGCAAGAAGGUUAUCGUUUUCGCGUCGUCAGGCGUUAAGAAGGUUGUUCCCGAGAAAAGGAGGGAACGCCGGCGGCAGCGAAUCGACAAUCGGGAGAGGGAGGAGCGGAAGACAAGGAUGAGAGACCGAGGAUAUGACUUCUGGGCAACUGUCAGGAGGGAGAGGGGCAGCGAGUAUCGAAUUCCUGAAGUAAAUCGCAACAAGGCCAGCACUCACCCAACGUAA